UGGUGUAUCUUGUUAUUUGUCUAUCCAAAAUUCUGUGUAUAAGUUGAUUUAAUAAAUCUGGUUUUACCUCGUUUUUACCUCUUAUAUUGUACAUUUAAUAAGAUGAUAUAUAAGGAAACUUGAAGGUUUCUAAAGCAUUUAAUAAAACUAACUUGACGAGAAACAACUUAGCGCUGUGAAAGACAUGAAACUAGUUAUCAUAUUUUGUUUUAUUGUGUAUACUUCUGCGGAUGUGAAAUACGGAACAGAUCGUAAUCUAGAUUUAUUCAAAUAUGACCCAAGUGACGUUUUCACGUUGCCUGAAGAUAUUGACGACGAGAAGCCAGCUGUUGUUUUUGAAGGAAAUGUUAUGAGGGCAAAAGUGGAAAAACUGCAGAGCUUUAAUGGAAAUAAAAAAUUCAAAUUAGAUUUAAAGACUCAAAACGGUAUUGAAGUCACCAGUGUUGGCAAAUUAAAAGAUGACAAAACCUUUGUUGUAAGCGGUUCCUAUUCUUUUACUGGAGCUGAUGGUAAACGUUACAAAACCCGCUACACCGCUGACGAGCUCGGAUAUCAUCCUAUCACGGAACUGGAUUUGGAUAUUCCUGAGCCUCAACCUGUAGAUGUAACACCAACAAGGCUAAACAAUUUCGACAAUGAUAAUAAAGGUUUGUUAGGAGGCCUGAAGAACCGAUUCCAGUUUUUGAAUCAAAAUCUCAAUCUGGAAGUAAUUCCAAAUAGUUUAAGUGGAAGUGCGCAAAGCGGUGAUGACUUCAGUUAUUCGCCAGCUAAUGAUGGUUACAGUUAUGGUGCUCCGAUACAACAAUUUGAAACGCCUCUUCCAAUCCCAUCCCGUCAAUAUUUGCCGGCGAAUUGACAAUUGAAAUACAAAAGCAAAAACAAACAUACACUGAUGUAUAUAUGUAUAUUGGUAGCAGCGAUGCAAUUAAAUAAAAAUAUAAGAGUUUUUUAACAUCAA